AUGGACAAGGCCAGCGCGUCGCUCCCAGACAGAGGUCGGGACGCAGGUGUGUCUGUUGGGGCUCGCGUCGUGCCCUCGGGCCCCGGCCCCAGCGACCCGGACCACAUCCCGCGGGACCGUUUGGAGGGCAGGAGGGAAGUCUCUGGCGAGGAAGGCCCCUUCAGGUGUGAGGACGGCCCCCCUCCAAGGGCAGAUGAAGAGGCAGACUCCUCAUCAGGUCCACCUGCAGCCAAGAGACGGAAAGCGGACCCCAAGGGGAAGAGACCGAGGAGACGGGAAGUGGACGAAGAGGAGGCUCAGAAGAUGAGAACCCUCGCGUCUUCUAUGAGCCAGGAGCAGCUGGACUGCUAUGAAGUAUAUCGCCAGUCAGCCUUCCCCAAGGCCACCGUGAAGCGUCUGAUGCAGACCAUGGCCGGCACCACGGUGGCCCAGAACGCGGUCCUUGCCAUGUCCGGAAUAGCCAAGAUCUUCGUCGGGGAGGUGGUGGAAGAGGCCCUGGACGUGUGUGAGCAGUGGGGGGAGACGCCCCCGCUGCACCCCAAGCAUCUGAGGGAGGCUGUUCGCAGAUUACACUCCAAGGGGCAAAUCCCCAGCACCAAGCACAAGAAGAUCCUCUUCUUCUAA